GACGUGCUAUAUACUCUUGUAUUAAACCAAAUAUAUAGGAGUCUAGCAACUGCAUCAUUCAUCGAUAUGGCCAAUAAUAUAUCGCUUGCAACCAUCGUUGUGGCGAUUGUUGCUACUGCCUUUACAAUCUGUAUUGUUCACCCACACAGUAAAUUUCUAAAAUCAACAUAUGGACUUCGUCCUAGCAUGAUGAUGUAUGAUACACUCCUCUCGUUACUUGCAAACAAAGCAUCCCCCUAACAUUGCACUACACUUUUGAAAGUCUGCCAAGCUGGUCUUUAAGUUUCUUCAAACGAAUUCACCAUGACAGACGCAGACACAUUUAUCAGAUCCGUUCCAGCGGCGACAGCGCAGGAUUGCAAAGACGCCGAGUGCUUCUGCACCGAAUAUUGGGAUUCUAAAGCACAUAUAGCAAUCAGGCUUGAAUGUUCACACGUUUUUGGGCGAGAUUGUCUAAGGGAGUGGUUAAAAACCUCGCAAAGCUGUCCCUUGUGCAGAUAUGAGUUAUUCCCCGCAAGAGAAGUUGAGGUAAUUGACGUGAACUUGUCGCACCAAGAAUCUUCAGCUGUUAGCGGUGAGAUUGAUGCGAGAGUGGCCAUCCUGGAACAUACUAACAGCGUAAUCCAAUAUUUCCAGGAAGAAAAUCCCCCUGCAUAUCGCCUGCAAGAUCUCGAUGAUUUGCAUCUGCGUGAACAGUGCCAAUGGGAAGCCGCCGUUAUAUGCGAAGGUAUCGAUGAGUUUUAUGAGCAUGAUCGCUCAGAACAACGUAGUGCAUAA